AUGUACGAAGGGAUUGACAACUUGAAAUCCCUUUACGACCGUGCCGGGAAGACUUUCUCCGGCGGUCCUUCUGCGGCACAGGAUGUGCCGCGUCGUACUGCUCAACCAGACCCAGUACGUCGAUCAUCAGUUGGGAGCGGGGCUCCCAAGAAUCCCAGGAUGGGGAUAGCCGCGCCACCGGACGAGAUAACUCGUCCGACGUCCGUUCACGUCGCGGUGGUUCAACAGCUGCUCAACUAG